CCUGGCAGCGCCGCCCUGAGCGCGGGCCGCACGUAGCCGCCCCAGAGUGCGCGCAGAGCCGGGACAUAUCCGCGGGACACCGACUUCUCCCCACGGAGACUGUUAAUCGCCAUUGCGGGGAUCGACCGCGUCCCACGGAGAACUCCUGAUCUCCCGGCUCACAGUGCCCGGACCCACUGUGCCCAGGCGGACCCCAGGCGGGGGCCGAGGGCGCCCCUGGCGGCAGGGGCAUGCGCCGCCCGCGGCAUGGCCUCGGCGGUGUUUGAGGGCACGUCGCUCGUGAACAUGUUCGUGCGCGGCUGCUGGGUGAACGGGAUUCGCAGGCUCAUCGUCAGCCGGCGUGGCGAUGAGGAGGAGUUCUUCGAGAUCCGCACCGAGUGGUCGGACCGCAGUGUGCUCUACCUGCACCGCAGCUUCGCCGACCUGGGCCGCCUGUGCAAACGCCUCCGCGACGCCUUCCCCGAGGACCGGUCUGAGCUGGCGCGCGCGCCGCUGCGGCAAGGACUGCUUGCCAUCAAGGGUGCACAUGACAUAGAGACCAGGCUCAAUGAGGUCGAGAGGCUGCUGGAGACGGUCAUCAGCAUGCCGUGUAAGUAUUCUAGGUCUGAGGUUGUACUCACCUUCUUUGAAAGAUCGCCUCUGGAUCAGGUGUUAAAAAAUGAUAAUGUCCAUAAAAUCCAACCCAGCUUUCAAAGUCCUGUUAAAAUAUCAGAAAUCAUGAGGUCCAAUGGAUUUUGUUUGGCAAACACCGAAACAAUAGUCAUUGACCACAGUAUACCCAACGGGAAGGACCAGCUCCUGGAUUCGGAUUCCACAGAGCAUCUGUUUGAAAAUGGUGGUGAUUUCACCUCAGAGCUGGAAGAUGGUGAUGACCCAGCAGCUUAUGUCACCAACUUGUCCUAUUACCAUCUGGUUCCAUUUGAGACAGACAUUUUGGACUGAACCUCUCCAUCGGGCCUUCUCUGCCUCCAUUCUUGACUGCAUGACCUCAUGCUGUCCUGUGCGCACCCAAAGGCCAAAGCCUCUGGUCAGCCUGGGCCUCCCUCCGAGGGGCCUGGGUGUCUAGAAAGCAGAGGUGCAAGGGAUCUUGAUGACCACAGGCAGCUCUGAGGGGCCAUCUACCUGCACUCAGCCCCACCAACCUCCAGCCUGCCUCUUCUGGGACACACUAUUCCUGUCGGCUAUACUUCCUCUUGUCUCACUGCUGACUUGGGGAUUUGGAGAGCAUUCCUCUUGGUCACAUGGCCCUGACUCCCUACUUUUCUCUUGUGUGUCAAAGGCACAAAGCAUUAUUUCAAGAGGAUUUUGAAUACGUUACCAAGUUCUGGACCUUGUGGGCAGGGAAUAUUAAGUGACUCAGGAUUUCCCUGAGAAGGAUGUGUGGCUUUUUUUUUUUUUUACAUCUUCUCCCUGGAAACUGGGUUUGGAGUGAGCUGGAAUGAGCGUUUUCAAGCCUGGAGAAGAUUGCUGGCUUCAGGGAGUUGAGAGCAUUCAUUGUCCUGUGCUUAUGAACCUGGUGUAGAGUUUUCUUCCAAAGAGGAGCACUCCCUCCUCUCUGCCACCUCCUGUCAGUUCUUCUGCUAGGCUGUGAUGGGGUCACCACUGCCUAAGGUGCUCGAAGUCCCUCCCCUGGUGAGCUCAAUGGCAUAAGUGCCAGGAUGAAUCAGAAAGGAAGGGAUGGGGAGGAAGGGAAGCUUACAGCUUGGACCAAAAAGGUCUGGGUCCUGCAAGCUCAUGUCCUCACUGUGUCUACUAACGACCAGCACUUGCUAAUGUAAAUAAUAGUAAAUUAUUGAAAAAUUCUAAUUCUUUUACACAGUCUGUUUUUAAUCUAUUUUAAUUAAAUAAAAUCUAUUGUUCUACUUUGA